GCGAAGGGGAGGGGCUGCGGGGAGCGGUUAGAGGUGGGAGUUGGCGCUGCCGGCCGGGCGGGGACAGUGGGCUGCGAUGCGGACCGGGCCGCGGCGGUGACUGGAGCUGCCGCCCGACAUGAACUCGCUGGAACAGGCGGAAGAUCUCAAGGCUUUUGAAAGAAGACUUACUGAAUAUAUUCAUUGCCUGCAACCUGCCACUGGACGCUGGAGAAUGCUUCUUAUAGUGGUGUCUGUCUGUACAGCUACUGGUGCGUGGAACUGGCUAAUAGAUCCUGAGACACAAAAGGUUUCCUUCUUCACAUCAUUGUGGAAUCAUCCAUUUUUCACAAUUAGCUGUAUAACUCUAAUAGGCUUGUUCUUUGCUGGCAUACACAAAAGAGUAGUCGCGCCAUCAAUUAUAGCUGCUCGAUGUCGAACCAUACUAGCAGAAUACAAUAUGUCUUGUGAUGAUACAGGAAAGCUAAUUUUGAAACCUAGACCUCACGUUCAAUGACAAUCUGCACUGUUGUUAGGGGACCUAAACCAGUCUGUCUUCUAAUAAGUCAUACAGCAAAAACGCCAGAAAGGAUUCCUUUUGGAGUUGGAUAUGUGACGGUUUAGCAACAACUGACAAGAAGCGUGCAAUAUUUGCCCAGAUUAUCUCGAUGAUGAUGACUGAGCUCUCAGUGCUUCAGUACCUUUGAUUACCUGUGUUCAGUAUUAGUGUCACUUUAGUACUUCAGCUCAUGCAAAGAAUUUUGCAGAUGAAGUAUGUGUGUAUGUUACUAAGUUAAACUUAGAAACCAAACCUCAUUCAGUUUUUAUAAUGUAUUUUUGCAAACUACUGUAAAUAGCAAAUCAAUGCCAAUGUUAAACCAAGAGGAAAAUGUUUGGACUUUGUUCUCCUGCACCAGUAUUUCAGGAACCAUCUGCUUGGCAUCUCCACAGCUCCUUAAAAACUGGCUACUAUGUGUGCCUUUCAUUCUCAACGCCUCUUUCCAUUGUGCUGCAGGAAAAGCAUCAGAUUCCACUUAGACUGAGAAAAUCUCUUUUCCAUUAUGUUGAAAAUUUAUACAUGUUUCGACAAUUUUUGUUAAGCCCCGUACUGGAUUCUGGCAACUAUUGUUAUAUUUUUCAGUAAAUUGUUUUCAUUUAACACUAAAUUACUUUUUUUAAAAAGGAUUUUAAAAAACACCCCAAAGUCUUCUGAUUGUACAAGUUAAAUUAUGUAUUGUCUGGGAAUUUGACAGCCCUUAUUUUAGGUGACUGGAUUUUAUGCUGUGGUAGACAUGUUAGACGUGUUAGACUAGUACUGUCCUGGUGUAGCUGAUGGGCCCAGUCCAUCACCAAUAACAGGAAGCACACCACAAACCAGAGCCUGCAGUUCUCACUGCUGGAGAGUGUUGAUGACAUACUGUGUAUGCGCAACAGCCACGUGUGCUACAGUAGCCCUGAAAAUGAACAAUGGGAUUGCUGUAAAUACUUAAAGUACUAGAGGUGCCUUUUACCUGUUUAUUAGAAGAUUUUGAAAAGGUUAAAUUAUUUCAUGAGCAAUAUUUUAAAUUUCAUCUAAUAUGAAACUAAAUUUGAAUAAUAGGACAAAAACAUUGAAUAAAGCUGCCAUUUAACUAACGUAUUCAUCUUGACUUUCCUGUAUAUAAAAUUGCAUUCUUUGAAUUGCAGCAAUAAAACCCUCUGCUUUCAAGAACUCUUUAAGAGGGUAUUCUAUAUGUUCUGCGUAGUUUUAUUUUCUGUAAAUUUUGUAGGUAAAUAUGUGCAUAAAAAUAAAUACUUUAUAUAUAACUA